AUGCUUCCUCCAGAUUUUAACGAGUAUGCAGAUGAAAUUGCGCAUCUUCCGGACAAUGAACGCGACGGGUAUCCGACGGCGUUUGGGCGUUGUCUGCUACCGACAGCGUUCCUCGAAACAGAGUCCCAAAGAAAAACGACAGACACGGCCUUUUCGAAGCUUAAGCAGACUUACAGAUUCGGCUAUUCGAAAAUCUUCAUCUAUUUACAUGCUGAUCUUUAAUUUUGAUUUGAUAUUUUGAAAACUAUGCGCAGUAAAUCCACAAUAGAAGACGAACGAUAUUACAGCUCGGAGAUGAAAAUUUGAACGACGCCAUUUCUAUCUCAGGACUACCUACACCUACGGUUCAUGAAGAACUGCCUGAGGAGAGGAGAGCUGCCCAUGUAGGUUCUGGGUACAGAAUUUGCCUAGGCAGAAGACUGCUACUUUCAUCUACCGCUCAGCGAAAACGAAGAAAUUCCAGUUCGAACGAUGUCAAACGCCGCCGAUAAACCGCUCCUUGUUCGUCGGGAUCGUUUUUACGCAAGCCGUGAUCCAGAAGACCUGAGGGGCUUAUUACCCGAAGGAUUAGCCCUUCGCGUCAGGAUGAGAGAUCCUCUGCGCUACGAAACGGUCCGAAUUGUCCGCUACAGGAACCAUGGCUGGGAUUAUGAGGUCACUCACUUAUUUCAUGACGAUGUUGUAUAGAUAUCCAAGAACUUGGUAGUCACGGUCAUCUCCUUGAUCCAUCAUCAUCAUGUUUGAUUCGGGUGUGAGGUUUUGAGAUCCCGCGCUAGCUCUUCUACAAAGCAGGCUCCGCCCCUGUUGUCUCUUAGUUCGUAGGUACGGGCCACGUCCCCGAUUCAAGUCCACGAAGGUAAAUGUUUGUGAAUUUUUAGUAGACAAGUACGCAACCAAAAAAUAAGGUCAUUAUACCCCCGGGGUGCUGCGGAAUCGAGGAGGAACGUCGUGUCAACAUGGCUAUCAACGAGGACAAUUAUAGCCCCGAAGAGCCAACAUUGUCACAAUCUUCCUGCUGCGGUGACUCGUAGUGCAAAUGCAGUUUUUGUCGAGAUCGGGCUGUCCAUGACUACCAGUUUUUUGAAAAACGAGCCGAACAUCAGUUAGAGACAUCGAAUCAGAAGAAUCCACAAUUUUGCCGACGGCAAGAGUAAUAUGUUCACGCCUUUCUUGCAGGUAAGUUGAACAUGUGCCUUGUUUUUGAGUUGACCUUCAUGAAGCUGUCGAUGUUGAGCUGUACUUUUAACUAAGAUUAUCUCGAUGUUGAGUUGUACCUUAGAGCUUUUCGCUCCUCUUCAAGUCUGAGGUCGUAAAGGCGUUCUUUUGCUAUCCUCAUUCUAACGAACUAGCUCAAGUAGAAUAGGC